CUCAUCUAACAGUUUAAUUUUCAUGGGGCUCGGGGAUCAAAGCAACAGCACCAGCAACAACAAAAGCCCGACGCUGUCUGAUUUAAAACUGGCAAAGUGGGGGGAAAAGUGUUGAGUAAACAGACGGAGUUGGUAGACAUGGGGAGUUUCAGAGGCCAUGCCCUUCCUGGGACCUUCUUCUUCAUCAUGGGUAUUUGGUGGAGCACAAAGACCAUUCUGAAGCAUAUUUGCAAAAGGCAGAAACGGACUUCCUACUUUCAUUCCAAAGCAUUAUUCCAGCGAAUAGACUUUGUGGAAGGCUUAAUAGUAAUCAUCAUGGCUGUCACUGGCAUGCUUGGAGAACAGUUCACACCUGAAGGGCCCCACCUGUCCCUAUAUAACUAUACAGAGGGACAUUGGGUCGAACUCCUGGGCUGGCAUCAUUCCACCAUGUAUUUCUUCUUUGGACUGCUGGGUGUGGCCGAUAUUUUAUGUUUUACUUUUUCUUCAAUUCCAAGCUCAUUACCCAAGUUAAUGUUGUCAAACGCCUUGUUUGUGGAGUCUUUUAUCUUCUACAACCACACUCAUGGCCGGGAAAUGCUGGACAUCUUUGUGCAUCAGCUGCUGGUCUUGGUCAUCUUUUUGACUGCCGUGAUUGCCUUUCUGGAGUUCUUCUCACGGUCCCAUACUGUAAUUCUGGAGCUUCUGCGGUCAAGCUUUGUUCUUCUUCAGGGGAGCUGGUUCUGGCAGAUUGGUUUUGUCCUUUAUCCUCUCAGUGGAGGUCCUUCAUGGGAUCAAACAGACCAUGACAACAUUAUGUUUCUCACCAUAUGCUUUUGUUGGCAUUAUGCAUUAUCGAUUAUCAUUGUUGCUGUGAAUUAUGCCUUUGUCAAUUGGUUGGUUAAAACCCGACUUAAGAGAUUCUGCCCCCCUGAAGUGGGACUCCUGAAAAAUGCAGACCGAGAGCCAGAAUCAGAAGAAGAGAUGUGA